AUGCCUUUAAAGGCCAUUAAAGGACAAGUGGUAGCAGACUUUAUAGUCGACCAUUCCAUAGUACAAAACUCCUUAAGCUAUCUGGAGUUUGAGCCUUGGAAGUUGUACUUUGAUGGUUAUACUCAUAAAGAUGGAACGGGUGUGGGGAUACUAAUUAUUUCUCCUAGCAAAAUUCCAACAAAAUUCAAGUAUAAGGUUGAAGGCCUUUGUUCGAACAAUGAGGCUGAGUAUGAGGCUCUGAUAGUUGGCCUUGAGAUCUUGUUAGAAUUGGGGGCAACUCAAGUCGAAAUAAUCGGAGACUCAGAAUUAGUAAUAAAACAAAUCACAAAGGAGUACAAAUGUGUUAAAGAAAAUCUGAUCAUGUACUUUGUGAUAGCUAGUAGACUCUUACGUAAGUUUCAGGUGGUAAAAAUUCGACAUAUACCUCGACUUCAGAAUCAAGAGGCCAAUGACUUAGAUCAGAUUGCCUUUGGAUAUAAAAUUUCAAUUACAAGAUGUGAUCGAGGUCAUAUGAAGAGUAUGGUCGACUAG